GAACACUCAUCUUCCGCCAAAUGAAGUCUUAGUCCAGCCCUCCAUGGCGACUCUUUCUUGGCCCGAUGUCAAUUGAAUGAUCGCGUCCCGCAUCUAUAUGAAACUGUAGCCUUACCGGCCAAGGCCCCCACUCGACGCCCCAGCCCACAAACCACUAUGACCGUUCCAGAGAAAUCAACGCCCUAUCCAGGACCGGCGGUCGCUCAGCAACCUCAAGCGCCAGAAUACGCACCUAUGCCUGUGCCCUCGCCGCCGACAUACGCGCAGCCCACCUAUGAAUCUGUCCUGACACCUCCUCCAAUGGCCACCCCUCAGCUCAGUGCCGGCCCGAACAUGACUGCAUUUGAGAUCGGAGAGCGGUAUCGAGCGGAAUUGUACGCCCAGUGUGCUCAAGGCAUCCACCAGCCAUCUAGGAAAUACGGCGUUUGCGGUAUCAUCUCGGCGGUCUUGCUAUUCCCCGUCGGACUCAUUUGCUUGUUGUACGUGAAGGACCGUUUCUUUUCGUCGAGGUUACAUCUGACUGACAAAUGA